AUGGCAUCGCCUACUCGCAAUUAUUAUACUUCUCCAGCAACGGCCCCCGCUGAGAUAGCUCGCUCCAGGCAAAACUCAGAUGUGAUGGAGAUUUACGGCAUCACAGACCGCGAAAACCUAGAGCAUAGUGCCGUCGAUAGUAAUGCUGCCAACCGCAAUGGGUCUCCGAGCAUGAGUAGUACUUACAGCAAGCUCUCACAGAAUUACCCCCCGUAUGAAGAAAAUGGCCGGAUGUAUCAUGGUUUCCGGAAAGGAGUCUACAUGUUACCAUGCGACGAGCAGGAGCAGGACCGCCUCGACAUCUUCCACAAGCUGUUCACGGAAGCGCGAAAAUCGGACGGUCUAAUCUAUGCCCCGCACCCUUCGAAUGGACGGUUCUUAGACCUGGGCUGCGGCACGGGUAUCUGGGCCAUUGAUGUGGCACAUAAGUAUCCCAAGGCCCAUGUGGUCGGAGUUGACCUCGCGCAAAUACAGCCUGACAAUCACCCUGAAAACUGUCAUUUCUUUGCGCCAUUCGAUUUCGAGGGUCCCUGGGCCAUGGGGGAGGAUUCUUGGGAUCUAAUUCACCUGCAAAUGGGCUGUGGCAGCGUUGUGGGCUGGCCAAACCUCUACCAAAAGAUCUUUGCGCACCUUGCACCGGGCGCUUGGUUCGAGCAGGUGGAAAUCGAUUUUGAGCCACGCUGCAAUAACCGUCCUUUGGAGGAACUGGCUAUGUGGCACUGGUAUCAAUACUUGAAGCAAGCAACACAGGAUACAAUGCGACCAAUAGCACACAAUUCUCACGAGACGAUCAAGCAGCUCGAGGAAGCUGGCUUUACGCAAAUCAACCAUCAAAUCGUGGGCCUACCGCUCAACCCGUGGAUCCCUGAUAAGCACGAGAGCAAGGUCGCCCGGUGGUACAAUCUGGCAAUCUCAGAGAGUAUUGAGUCUCUCGGUCUGGCACCAUUCAGCCGGGUCUUCCAGUGGCCCGUGGACAAAAUCAGGCGCAUCUCUGAGGAGGUGAAAUCCGAAGCCUUUAACCCAGACAUACAUGCUUGGAACCUCUUACAUAUCUAUCAAGCGCGAAAGCCCUUUCCCAAUUGA